AUGGCUAUGCUCAAGGCACUCCUCCUCGCCGCUACGGCGCUCAUCAACGUCGCUGUUGCCAGCACUGCGUUCUCCUCUGGAGCCGCCUCCGCAGUCACGUCGAUCCACCUCGUCACCUCCGUCACCUUUGUCUCCAGCCUGCCGGACGCUCACAGCAAGACGUGCGACACGACGACAGUGACUCAGGUUGUGCCUCCCACCACGGUGACUGUAACUGCAAACCCUAGCACGGCUGCUCACUCUUCUGCUGUUACUUCUGGCCUCGACAAGUCUGUUCAUGUCUCCUUGAUCCCAGUUAAGUCCACUACGAUUUCGACUGCUACCUUGCACGAAACCAAAACCGCUACCUCCACGACUAAGCCGCCUUACAACGUCCCUGCCAACUCGACGGUUCCCGUGGCUACGCCUACGCUUACCUUCUCGCACUCGCAUCACGCUAACUCCAGCGCUGUUCUCCCGACGGGAACGGGUGCUUCGCCUGGUGCUUCUUACUCAUCUCCUUAUACCUCGCCUGAGUUCAACGCUGCUACGGAUGCUAAGAACGUGGCUGGUAUUGUGCUUGUUGGAGGUGUCGUCUUGGCGCUUUUGGGAGCUUAG